AUGUUUUCGCAUUUAUUUUUAAAUAGUACAACAAAUCAAGUUCAUGCUAUACAUGAUCUUCUUGUUUGGUAUGAAAUUUUUGAAUUAUCACCUUCUGGAGAAUAUGCUGCUUCAACAGUUGAUCAUUCAGACGAUGUUCCAUGUUCAGGUCGAUUUAUUCUUCAUCAAGGUAUUCAACGUCGUAUUGGAAUAACUCUUUGUCAUGAAUCUGGUUCUGAACUUAUUUGGAAAGAUGUUCAAGAAGUUGUUGUUGGUCGUAUUCGUGGUCAACGUGAUUCAGUUUUUGAUGAAUCCGAUGGUCAAGUAUUAUCAUUAAAUAUAAUCUCAGCUCAUUAUAUUCAAAAACAACAUGAUGAACGAACAUUUUAUCAUUUUGAAGUUGCAUGGGAUUCAUCAUUACAUAAUUCUUUAUUACUUAAUCGUUGUACGUCAAGUGGAAAUUCUGUUUAUUUAACAAUAUCAUCAUAUCUUGAAAUGGAAAAUUCUUUUCAACCAGCUAUAAUAACAAAAGAUCUUUGUCUUGUUUUAUAUCCACGUGGUGGUGAUUCGACAUCACGUAUACGUUCAUCAUUAAAAAGUUUUUUCUUAUCAACUAAUUCUAUAACAUCACCAUAUAAUGAUUUAAUGAAUGAACAUUCAAAUCGUGUAUCAGCUGUUUAUGAAUUAAAAUUACGACGAGCAACACCAAUGAAUAUUAUGGCACAAGAUACAUCAAUUAUUGGUUCUGAUAUGCAACGACGACAAAGAAAAGUAAUUGAUACAUCAAAAAUUUAUGUACGUGGUGAAGAAAUGUUAGAUGGUUGGAGACCAAGAAGUGAUUCAUUAAUUAUUGAACAUCAACAAGAUUUAGAAAAAUUAUAUAAAAUUGAAUGUGUUGAAUAUACAAAACAUUUUCUACAAGUAAAAGAUCGUUUAGAAAAUCCGUUAUCAUCACCAAAUGAUAAUUCACCAGAAAAAAUUAAAUAUUCAUUAAAUACAAUUGAUCCAUCAAAACCAAUUGAUAAUCGUCAACAAGAUUUACUUCGUCGUUGUGUAUCAAUGAUGUUACCACCACCUUUAAUUAUACAUAAAUUAACUAUACCAGAUAUAGAAGUAACUACUGAUCGUUUAUCAUCAGAUGAUUUUGGAACAGUUCAUUCAUUACUUAAAUCAACAUCAACAUAUUCGUUUAAUUCACAACCAUUACAUAUGAAUACAGCAAAUAUGAUUAAUUCAUUUAUUAAAGCAUCUUCUAGUAGUUCUGAUCUUUCAAGAUUUGCCCAUUUGGAUCCAUCUUAUUCAAUAUCAUCAUUACAUCAAAUUGGUGGUAUGACUGGUUCAAUAUCACCUAGUAUGCCAAAAUCACGUUCAAUGGAAAGUUUAAUGAAUACAUCAGGUAUUGCAUUAAAAUACAUUCCAUCAAUUGAAGAAGUUCGUAUAUCACCUGUUGUAUCACGUCGUGGUUAUUUAAAUUUUCUGGAAGAAAAAGGAACUGGUUGGAUAAAAAAAUUUGUUGUUGUACGACGACCAUUUGCAUUUAUAUAUAAUCAUGAAAAAGAUCCUGUUGAACGUGCAUUAAUUAAUUUAGCUAUAGCUCGUAUUGAAUUUAAUGAUGAAGAUAUAGCUAGUGGAACAAGAAGUGCUCGUAAUACAUUUUCUGUUGUAUCAAAAUAUCGUGGUUUUCUUAUUCAACCAUUAGCUGAAAAAGAUGUUCAUGAUUGGCUCUAUGCAUUUAAUCCAUUACUUGCUGGACAAAUAAAAUCUCGUUUAUCCGGUCGAUCAAAAGUAACUAUUGAUUAA